AAUCAUUUCAAGGUCAUACAGGUCCUAUUCAUGAUCUUUGUCAAAUAUUAAUUGGUAGAUUUCAUUUACUUUUAACUGGUUCAAGUGAUUUUAGUGUUCGAUUAUGGGAUAUUAUUACAGGAACAUGUUUAUGUACAUUUUUGUUUCCAAAUGAAAUUCAUUCAAUAUGUGUAUCAUCAUUUUCAAAAACAAUUUAUUGUGGUACUGAUAUGGGUACUAUAUUUAUUGUUCCAUUACGAAGAUUACUAACACAAUUUGGAGAAUUUCAACAUUAA